AAGCCCUAACAAAACAGACCCGAGCUCUCUCUCUCUCUCUCUCUCCUGCUCUCAUCUUCUUCAGUCUUCCUUCCAUCUCCUGCUCGCCAGUGGCCCCAGAAAUGAAAGGUGUUCGAUUUGCUUUGCGAUCCUUCAACGAUGACGUUUCACGCCGAUUUCAUCAGCCACAUAUGAGAACCCUCUCCACAUAUGUAACAUCAGGCGGUGAAGUGGAUGAUAAGAACAAUCCUAAUUCAUUUGAAUCUCCGGAUGAGUUUGAGCGGCGUAUUUUCGGUGAAACUUCUGGGGGUAAUUUUAGAUCAGAUGCCUUUUUCACGAAGCUUGAUAGGCUCGGGAUGGGUCGUGAUGGACAGGGUUUGAAUCCUUCUGGAGGAGGUGGAAGUGGAAGUGGUUCUCAUAUACUCGACGGCUUAGAUGAAAGUUUUAACACAUUAUCAGAUGGAAUGGAUGGAAAAUUAGAGAAAGCAGCCACCGACUUUGAUAUUGAUUACGAGGAAAUAAACCAAGAGGAAUAUUCUUACAGACCAGAUGUGAAUUUUGAGCUAGGAAUGACUUAUGACCUUAAAGAUCUUGAUCUUACUAAGCCAGGAGUGCGUAAGUUUACCCAAAGGGAUGAGUUUGAAGUAACUACAAAGGAAGUUCUUAGAAAAGCUGAUUUCAGGAAUGUGAGAUUCCUGGCAAAUUUCUUAACAGAUGCUGGAAUUCUCAUCAAAAGAAGCAAGACUGGGAUCAGCGCCAAGGCCCAGAGGAAGGUCGCUAGGGAAAUCAAAACAGCUCGAGCUUUUGGUUUAAUGCCUUUCACGACAAUGGGGACAAAGUCAUUUGUUUUUGGGAAAACUAUGGAGGCUCUCGAUCAAGAUUACGAAUACGAAAGUUAUGAUAACCCUAUGGAUGCAGAUGGAAAAGACCCACUGGGGCCCUUUUAGCUUGUAUGGAGGGGAUCUUGAAUCAGUAGAAUUCAGUUGACAGCACAACUACAAACCUGCCCCUAUCCCCACAAGAAUAUACAGAAGGAGAAGAAAAUGAUGGAAAAAGAUGGGUUCUUAAUUAAGGUGAAUUCCGGGAUGUUGGUAACUCCAUGUUUCUGGUUGGUACGUAGGUUAAUUCGUUUUUAUUUUUUGUAGUUGGUAUACAUUUACUGUAAUAACAGCCCAAGUAAUUCCCC